AUGGGAAUUUCAGCAGAAAAUGUACGCCAUCAGGUUGACCUUGAUGCGAAACUCGGUGAUCUGCAAGAUCAACUUCUCAUACUACAACAACGAUUGAAAAAAGAAAGCACAGCGGAUGCAACGGAUGAUACGCAGUAUUCACCAGCAAUUUUUAGCAUCUAUAAAACGGCUGUAAACGGCUAUUCGUUACCGGAACAAUCGGCUGAGGUUACGAUUUAA